CUUGUUUGAAAGGAAAUAGGGAGUGCUGCUGCGGGUGAUUUGCAGUUCAGGCUGGAAUCCGUCUUCAUCUGGGUUUUUGUUGCGUUUUAAACUGGGAGGAGAAACGCGGAAAAGCCUCGCAGCAGCUCCGCGAACGACAGGAGCUGGGUAGUGGAGACGGGGGACCACCGAGAAGGCAAAAAAUACGAGGCUGUCUCCGCAGGACUCGUCUCCCCUGAGAGAAGUUAGAAGAGUCACCGGAGGGUCCUAGCGGCGUUCUUCUUGUUGGUGCUGGUGGUGGUGGCAGCAGCCGGAUCGCAGUCAUGGCUUGUGGGGCGACUUUGAAAAGGACUAUGGAUUUCGACCCCCUGAUGAGCCAGGCGUCCCCCAAGAGGAGGAGAUGCGCCCCCAUGUCGCCGUCGGCGUCCACCGCGUCCCCCCAGAAGUACCUGCGCCUGGAGCCGUCGCCCUUCGGCGAGGUGUCCUCGCGGCUGACGACGGAACAAAUCCUGUACAACAUAAAGCAGGAGUACAAGCGCAUGCAGAAGAGGAGACACCUAGAGAGUAGUUUUCAGCAGACAGAUGCUUGCUGUCCGCCCGACACACAGCCCCAUGCGGCCAUUCUCAGUGGACCCACUUUGCCAGGUACGUCCUCUGGAGCCUCUUCUCCAUCAAGAAAAGAACAGCCUUUAUUUACCUUAAGACAAGUUGGAAUGAUCUGUGAACGUCUAUUAAAAGAACGUGAAGAUAAAAUUCGAGAAGAAUAUGAGGAAAUAUUAACUUCAAAACUUGCAGAACAAUAUGACGCUUUUGUGAAGUUCACACAUGACCAGUUAAUGCGACGAUUUGGAGAGCAACCUGCUAGUUAUGUUUCCUGAAUAACUGCUUAUACUGGACUGCCAGUUCCCUUUCAAUUGCUGCGGGCUGGGUAUUUUUAGUGAAGACUUGUAGCAGUGCCAUAUUUCCCCUUUGGGCACAGGCUGUUUCAAGCUUUUGUCAGUGGUAACCACUUCUUCAGCAACCGGUAUUUGGAGUGCUCCCUGAUGUUAAUGUGUAUAUGGACCUCUGCUACCUACUACUCUUACCAGUGGCCUCCUUAUGUUUCAUUUGCUGUAUUAAUAUUGAUUAGGCUUUUUUUCUGAUUCCUUUUAUAAACAUAUCUGGCAUUCCAGAAUCUGCCCUUCAUUGAUUUUUUUUGGGUGUGUGUAUCAUAAAGCAAUGUAGUAUGCCAUGUAAGUUUAGCAGAUAUUUAGGCUGGGAAGGGGUGGGAUGGUCAGAAGCCUGAUGUUCGCAUGUUUGCAGAUGCCCUGGUUGUUGUUCCCCUCUUUCUGGAUUCCAGGAGCCAAGGGUGGGCAUUACUGCAUGCUGGGGGACAUUAAUUGGGUUCACCGUUGGUUCAGUGAUUUAUAUAUUUUCCUUCUUAAGAUACGUUUUUUAUUUAUUUUAGUAAAUGUUUUUUCUGCAUUUUUCAUUGUAUCAUUGUUUUACUGCCCAUGUAGCAUAAUGGACUUAAGUUGGAUAAAAAUAAAAUGUUUACAUUUGAUUGUGUUCUAAA